UUCCACUUCAUCGCAUACCCAGUAGGCCGCUGUACAUAGCACGCUCUGAUCAGAGCUGUGUGAGCAGGCAUGACGCAGGUUAGCGCACGGAGGUGUGCUCGCCGCAGCACGGUGUUGCUGCUCGCCCUGUUCGCCCCUUUGCUUACCAAUUUUUCGGCACCACUCACGACCGACGUGGAGAAGGUCCAGCAAGAGCGAGCGGCCGGCGCGGCCAGGGAGCCGGGUGUGGCACCUGCGAAGCUCUACAAAGCGGGUCAGGCGCUGCAGGGCGAGGUGAAGACGAUCAAUGACAACGGGGUCAUCAUCAGGCUCAACGGAGUCUACCCGUUCCUGGACGGUUUCGCGCACAUCUCGCAACUGAGCACUCGGUACGUGGGCCAUCCAGCAGAGAUCCUGGAUGAGGGUGAUGAGGUGACUGCGCGAGUACUGCGACAUUCGCCUGGCUUCCUCGAGCUCACGCUUCGGGAGGAGGGCACCAAGAGUUUCAAGGACUUCAAGCUCAACCAGCAGCUGGAGGGCACUGUCCUGGCGGUCUGCCGAGCAGGUGCCAACGUUGACGUCGGUGCCAAAGACAGUGCCUUCCUGCAUGUGAGCUGCAUCCAGGAUGACUUCGCCGAAGACGCGAGAGAGUUCUUACAGAAGGGCGACAAGGUGAAGGUCUGGGUCAAGAGGAUCGACCACAAAGGCAUGAAGCUGACGAUGGUGGAAAGCCAGAAGGAGAAGAAGGCCAUCGCAAAGGGCUUGCAGCUGGCCAACCUGGUCGCCGGCGAAGAGUUGGGUGGCGAGGUGAAAGCGGUGAAGCCCUUUGGCGCCUUUGUGGACGUGGGUGCGGAGGCUGACGGUCUCCUCAAGGUGCGGAAUGUGAAUGAUGGCCUGGUCAACGACCUCAGCAAGCUGCUGAGACGAGGAGAUAAGUUGGUGGUCAAAGUGCGCGGCUUCUACCAGAAGAAGCUGGAGCUCGAGCUUGCGCAGACGCUUCCACGGCUUCCUCCGGUGGACAACUUCCCGCAGGACGAGCCGCUGGAUGCGACCAUCCUGAGGAAGGUGCCGCGUGGCUUCGUGGUGGAAGUUGCACCUCCCAAAGGUUUACCAGUGGUGGCCUUCCUGGUGGAUGAGCAGACUCUCUAUAGCGAAUUGAACGAAGGAGACACGAUCAGCGUGAUCGUGACGGCUGUGGAUGCCGAGAAGAGGCAGCUGCAGAUCGAGCGCCAGAUAGAUGAGCCAAAGAAGCGAAGGAGAUAAGUGAAG